CCUACAUAUGAAUCAGAUAUCAGACCAGACACGCUUGAUAUAACAUAUGAUGAUGGGGAUACUCACGCCGAUCAGCGGCUGUGGAUAGAGUCCCUCAAAAAGAUGAAGGCAGAUUUUAAACAGGACUUACAGAAGGCGAGUGGAUGUACAUGGCGCGUCGAUGGUGACAAUUUAAAACUUUAUUUGAUGAAAGUUGCUAAAUUUCUCCGCGACAAGGAAGUCGACAAAGCGGGUGAUGUCCUUACACUUCUUGUUGUUACAGUGGCUGAAGUAUUAGGUUUGCUGAUCCACGUGAACAGAUAUUUCCUCUUUGACCUUGACAUAUGGGUUACUUGUUUUAUUCUUUCGUUUGAUGGAAAAGCUCGACAACACCUGUUAGAUCUGCUAAGAGACUUACACAAUAGCAUGAGUUAUGGUGACAUGAAAAUGGAAGAUUAUUAUGGAACCCCAGAAGAAGAGGAUCUAAUGGUGGUGCUACGCAUUAUACGCAUACCAUGUCGAUACGACACAAUGGAGUCUGAUGAAACAACAUUCCCUUUACCAAACAGUCUUCGUGCUGGAAAAGUGAGGAACGUGGGGUUGCAUCUGCUGGAAAACAAACAAUUCACGCCCGAGUUCACUGAGGAGCCAUUGUCACUGAUGCUGUUUCGAUUCAAAAGCCUAGUUAUGUACGGGCCUAGUAAUAUCGAUCUGACCAACUAUGGAAGCCUGCUCAUGCGCAAAUGUAUACAGAAGGAGGAACAGAUUUCCGAUGUUAACGAUACCAGUUCGGUGGCUGAAGAAGCUGAACUUGGUGACGAAAGCGAAGCCAAUCCAUCACCGCCGAAAACCAGACGGAUAAAUAGGACAUCACCUUGGAAACUCCAGUCCACAUCUGUUCUCUCGAGGAUACAGAUGGAUUUCGUAUUUCUGUACCUUUGUGAAAAACUGUACUUGGGUUCAACUGUUCGUCGACGAAAUUCGAACGACACCCGUAUAUUGGUGGAAGGAAUUCUACGUCUGGAGGAAAUGCGGGAUUCCCCAUCCGAGAGUUUAUCACUAAAGUCACGGCAACGCUGUUCUAACAUACUGGAUGUCAUUACAUUGGACAUCAAGGAGAGUAUACAAAACCAAAGUUUUCUGCAGAAUUACUCUUCACUUUUUGUGAAACAUAUUAACGCCUUCAACACAUCAUAUUGUAAGCAGACCAAGAACGUUAAACUGGUUACGAUGUUGACUACAUCUAAACACUUAUCGAUAGUCUGGCGGGCGCAGCUAUGUGGAAAUAUAGUGUGUUCUACACUCAAGUCCCUAUCAUCUUGGGACCUGUCCUCUUCAAGACUUUCUGUGGUUCAUUAUGAUGUCAUCGAAAACAUGACGUCAGAAACAAUAUGGUUGUUUCUUCAGGCUUCCUGCGUCGAAUGCCGAGAUAUUGUUACAGAGAUGUUAGAAACGUGCCUUGCCUGUACGUGCAGAGUGAUGAGCGAGCUGGUAUUUGACGUGUUUAGAAAACUAAAAGGCAGUUUGUACUACUUCAAACAUAACACAAUCAUGCUAAAGCUAUUCCUAAAUCAUCUGAGCGUGUCCAACACUUACGCAUGCCUAUCAAAAGACGAGAUCUUCGAUGAAAUUCUUACAAUUGGCAAGCGUAGUGGAGUCCAAUUCCAGAUCGUUGCAUUUCAGAACUGGGAACUCAUUUCACAAAAGCUUGAUAGGCAUCACCUAUCAAAGAUUCUUAGCACGAUACUCUCAUCGUUUGAUCCACAUUCACCCUGUGAAUUUAUUGAUGCCCUGAUGGUGUAUCUUCGUGCUAAAUGCCACCAUGACAUAGAAUGUAUGGAAUUCAUCACAGUCCUACCACCAGGUCUAAUCCGAACAAUGGCUCACGAAUGCGUUUACGUAAACGCCGAUCACUACUCUUGUCAGGUACUCUUUCAGGUCGCAAAGUUGGCAGUAGAAGAAGACCUCACUUCACUACCUUCAAGUCAAAUCUUAUGUGAAAAGAGUUAUAACUUACUUCAAAAAGCAUUUGACAAAUGCUACAUUGCGACAAACAACCAUAUCCAACGUUCGGUGUCCAACAUCCUGAAUUGGUUCUUCCAUAGGAUAACAAAGGUGGGAACAGAAGAGCGUGCGGAAGGGUCCCAGUUCAAAUCCUUCAUGCAUUGGAUAGGGUAUGUGUUCCGGUAUGAUCAAGAGAUCCAGCGAUCAUUUCUUUCGCAAAUGCAACACUCUCCACCUCUGCUGUCCGCCAUCGGGAAGUAUACGUCAUCAGGUGACAACAGCAUUAAUCCCUGCUGGCAUGAUUACUUCGAAGUAUUGUAAUUUACACUGUAUCAAAAAGGUUAAACAAAAUAUUACACUAUCAAGAAUAACAAAAAAGUGCGGUGUCUAGAUUUUCUUUGUCAUAACAUGUGUUGCAGUAGCAAUAAAAGUACUGACUGUUUAAAUACAAGUGAAACAACUUAAUGCAUGGUCCUUUAUCCAGGAACAAAAUCAGUAUCAGUACUUAGUUUAAAAUGAUAAUCACCGCUGAAGCAAGUGACAAAGAUCAAAUUUUAAGAUUUUCUUGUAUCCCUAACUAAAUUCCUAGUUAGUCUGGGUCCCGAAAUAUUGUGAUUACACAAAAAUGUAUGGCGUCCUAUCUUAUCUGGCUGACAGUUUAAUGAGCAAAAGAAGAGAGAAUCCUUUACUUACUCCAAUUCUAACAAUACAGUGCGUACAGAUUGUCCUGAUUUAAGCAACAAGGGCGAGAAUACACAUGUAUUCAAAAGAAAAGAACAGAUUCCUCCUACAUAACAGUUAAUAUUGUAUGGACAGCAUUCGAAGAUAGUUUUGUGAAGGAAGGAGUUCAAUUGUUGGAAAGAUAUGAUGGAACAGACGGGAGGAGAUCCUGCAGUUGCUAGGGAAAAGAUCAAUCGAUCGCACACAGGGAGGUAGCUGGCACGCGCUAUAUGACGCUGCUCACAAUAACAUAACGUCAUUAUUUUACGUUGAGAAACCAUGUCGUAAAUGAUGGCGUCAUCAAUUGUGAUGCACACUCCAAGGAGUAAUGAAGAGGGCGCGAUGAAAAACUUUCUUAAAAGGUUUUGCUUGUAGGUAUGUGAGAAAAAUAAUCAAUCAUUGGUCUGUUCCGCGAACAAGGAUGUCUCAACCCUCGUGUAAGAGUUUGACUGACCCGCACUCGACAAGCCUCGUGCUGACUGGCCAAACUCUUACACCCGGGUUGAAAUAUCCCUGUUCACGAAACACACCAAUGUUAGAUUCUAUAAAUCCUAAUUGAUACAUUA